AGGGUUUGUGUACAAAGACUAUAAGAGCGGUGAAGUCCAGGUUGGAGCAGUUUACAGGUGAGUGUUUACAUUCUCCACCUACCGUCUGAGGAUACUACUUCACUGCACCAGAAGCUGGAGUACACCUGUGAGCUAAAACGACUGUCUCUUUAUACACAUGUUGGCAGAGAUGGAAACGAUGGCGUAUGUAACUGAGAUCAGGCUGAGUGGAGAUCGGGGGGCUUGGACAGGAGUGGUUCCGUCCUCCUGUCCCGAGGUGGACCUGGAGGUUAUUGAGGAGUAUCUGCAGGAGCACUCCCUGGAGGUCCAGCCUUCGCACACGCCCGCAUCACCUCCGACCACCAUUGCCCCGCAGACACACUUACACUCCCACCAGAGCACCAGGAUCAUAGAGAAUAACUUUUCCGGUCAACAUGCGUUUAAGUGGCACUGUGGCCCUCACACUCCCACUGAGGAAUAUGAAGAGCAAGCUCCUCCUCUAGCUUGGCCUAGUCCGCAUGACAACCAAUGGGACCACAUUCCCUAUCCCUGUGAGGCACCAGCAUAUAUCGACUCAGAUUCCCAAUCUAGCAGCUCCCAGUACCAGGAAUACCACGAUUCCCCAUCACCGUCCUCCGACAGUGGAGGCAGGAAGAGCAGAGACUCACUGCCUCUGGCCCCACUCUCAGGAAAGCGGAAGGAGCGUUUGUUCCAGUUCCUGUUUGAAAUGCUGCAGACGCCAUCGAUGCGAAGCUGCAUCUGGUGGGUUCAGUCGUCAUCAGGCACGUUUCAGUUCUCAUCCCAAAACAAGGAGCGCUUGGCACAGCUGUGGGGCCGACGGAAGGGAAAUCGCAAGACCAUGACGUACCAGAAGAUGGCAAGGGCCUUGAGGAAUUAUUCCCGCACUGGAGAGAUUCAGAAAGUGAAGAGAAAGCUCACCUACCGGUUUGAUGAAAAGACUCUGAGAGGCCUUCAAGGAGACUCUAAUACAGUGUAGAAAUCAUGAGUGGCAGCAGAAAAAGAAUAAGUAUGAAGGUUCAAUGGAUGUCCUGUCGGUGCUUAUUUACAUUCAAGGGGACGCUGAAACUUAAAUGAAUACUGAGUAUUUAAAAAGCCACAGAUAUGCCGUUAAAUAUUGUCAUUUAGAGCUGAGAGGUUGAUAUGAGAGGAGUCAUGUAUGGGCUUUGAUAAGAAGUGUAGAAAACAGGCAGUGUCAGCUGGCUUAAAACAUUAUGUAAAUCUAAAAGGUUGGCAAAGCAUCUACUUUAUAAGUAGACUUGUAUCAUGUGUUGUGUUUGUUUCUUUUUUACGUUCUGUAUUGCAGAUAUUCAGCAGAUUAUGGACUAAAAUGAAGUUGUAAACAUGAUCAGUUUUUGUGUUUUUAGAAUAGAAUAAAUUUCAUAUAUUUUCA